CUUUGUUCGUGCAUUCUUCGUUCAAAGCACCACCAACAAAAAGGCAAACCAGGCAACGAAUAGAGUGAAACAAACAAUGGAUGCUUGGUGCGUGUGAUAACAUUAUCGAAGGGAAAAGUUGUAUGUGUCACUGGCCGAACGAAAUGAAUGGCUGCCCGCAGGAUUCCGUAGCUACAUGAGUAACCAUCGCAGGAAGAGAUAAAAUUGAAUAGAUUUAGACAGUGUGGCCCCAGAGGACACAGUGGCUGCAAAACAGAGGUGCAAUAACUUCCCUCUCCAAAUGGAUGCCGCCAAACAACGAGUGGGAGAAGUAGUUGGUGCCGUAAAGAUCUUCAUGUAAAUAUACGCUAUCACCAAAAAGACUAACCCAUCGAUAAUUGGAAACCUCAUAAAAACGAUAACCCGAUUUGUAGUGUGUAUGUGCGUAGUCGCUGCUGUAUCUAAAACGUCCCGUUCUGCUAUUUCGUUGAUCAAAGAAUAACGUAACCAUGGCAACCGAAAGCGGUCUACGCGUGGUGCGCCAAUACUCCGACGAGGGACGUACCUUAGCGCUGCGAACUCUUAACGAGGCAAACAGUGAGGCUGGAACGGUGCUUAGAAAUGCUUGGACGAAUUUAAUACAGUUGGUACAGUGGCUAAAAACAUCGGCUCGUGAAGUCCUAGACCCAUCCGUAUUGUACGAAGAGUUGCGUAUAUUUUUCCGCGAUGAAAUUGCCCGCAACAAUGCGUUCGCGAUACUGAUCGGGCUGGGAUUCGGCACGACCGGUGGUUUCAUGCUGGGAAUGUGGCUGGCAAGGCCCCAUCUACCGACGCCGAUCAUGAAAUCGAUUGCUUCCACAUCGUUCCGCGAUCCGGACAAUGUGGUCGUAUGCCAAACGGCGGUACCACAGUUUCAAUCCGCCUCGGACAUAUUGGUGCGCGUGCGGGCGGCCUCACUCAACCGAAUCGAUCGACGGAUCGCGUUCGGGUAUGGUCGAACGUUACGGCGCAUGAUACGGACGUACAACAGUACGUACGAUCCGGAACUCCCUCUAGUGCUCGGGCGAUCGUGUGCCGGGAUCGUAGAAGCGGUCGGUACCGGUUCGAAGAGUGGGCUGGAGAUAGGUGAUGAAGUGUGGCUUGCCACACACUGGUACGAAGCCGGCGUUGCUUCCGAGUUUGUGGUCGUGCCGGAAACGCGCGUGUCGCGCAAACCGUUCCUGAUCGGGUUCGAAGGUGCGGCCAGCUUACCGUACAGUGGCUCGAUUGCACUCAACCUGCUCGAUUCACACAACCUGACCGAACACACCAGCAAGGGCCGUAGAAUUCUCGUGCAGGACGCUUGCUCACCGGUCGGGUGCGUUAUUACGCAGCUCGUUCACAAAUGGGGCGCACAGGUUGCUGCCACUUGCCAUACCCGAUCGGUCCCGGUGAUUAAUAAUCUCGGGGCAGCGGAUAUAAUCACCUUCGCCAACGAACACUUCCGAUCGAACUUUAUCGACGUUAACGUGGACAAAUCCAACUUUAUCAACGAGCUAACGUCGAGGGACAAAUUUCACUUUAUCUUUCUCACCACCCGCCUUGGGUACGAUUACAAAUUUCUGGAAAAGUUCCUUACCAAAGAUGGUGUGAUAGUGGACGCGGUCGAACCGGAACUGUCCACGGACGAUUACGGUGUGAUCGGGCGGUUCUUUCUCGGCACUUACGUACGCUGCCGGAAGGUGUUUGCGCUGCUGUUUCGCACCAACGUCGACUGGGGUGGACCACACCUGUGCCAUCUGGUGCUGGAACGUUUGGCCGGUUUCGUGAAUGAUGAAACGCUUAAAACCGUCGUCGAUCGGGUGUACACACCGAACGAGGUGGAACGGGCACUAGAGCACAUAUGCAGCGAAAAAAGCAUCGGCAGUACGAUCAUCACUUUCCGGUAGAUGCAGCUAACAGCGGUCUUACGAUCUACGUCACUGCCAUCUACUAGCUGUGUUGCCACUGGACACACUUUCUUCCGGCUGGACUACUAGAUAGCGAUUUUUAAACCGUUUACCGAAUAGAUAGUGUUUUUUGCUUUGUUUUUGUUUACUUUUAACACUGACUUUCCGUUUGUCGGACGGGCGUGCGUCCAUCGGUCUAUUGGCCGAAAGUUUGAAAGUUUGUUUAACGCUUUCCGAUCGCGGUUCGGGAACAGAAUACAAACAAAUAAAUAAAUAAUUGCAGCAA